AUGUCUGCCGAGACGGCCUCCGUUGAGCCUCAAGUUGCCUCAUCAAGUCCCCGACGCUUGGCGAGAACGCAGGCCGGCUUGUCCUCGCCAAAAGACCAGGGCGGCUGGCAUUUCAUUCGUGUUAACUUUCACACUUGGCAAGUGUUUGACACGGCGACUCAGAGUCCCCGAGUCCCUGACGAACGUUCAUUCGCGGACACCUCCGGCCGCGCCGAAGAACUUCAAAAUUCUGCAACACCGUUCCACAACUACAACACCAACCGCGGCCGUCUGCCACAUGGCGCGCAUGAGACGGCUGUAAUCCAAGAUUACCAGGGAUUCAAGCAGCCGCACAACUUCGGCCGUAUACCCACAAUUAUUGCAACAUCACUGUCGUAG